AUGGCUGAUCGUCUCCGUAGAUUCGCACAACAGGUCAAAGACAAGGUUCAAAUUGCACAAAUGAAUGUAAAUAGCCGGGAAAGAGUAGAUCAGCUGGUAACCAAGUAUGUACCUGCUGAAAGGGUUUCUGCUAUGGCUAAUAGAUUUAAACAAGACGCAGUCGUAAACAAAGUGAAGGAAAUUGUAAAUAGAUAUGAGAAAUUCACUGGUAUCGACGAAAUUAUGGCGAUUCAGAACACAGUCGUGGAAGCACAGGAAAAAUUCAUGACAGCCCAAGACAGACGUCGUGAACUUGGGCGUGAGCUGGCACUUAUUGAAGCAAGAUUAAAGGAACUUCAUGCUGAAAUGCAAAACACUAUGAAGGGUGAUGAGAAAUACUUACAUUUGUGCACUGAGGAACAUAAGCUCAUUAUCCAAGAGCGUGCCGCCCGCACUCUCUUCUCAGAAGCAGAAAGAGAGGAAAGAGAACUCUUUGCAACUAUGUCAGCGGCGGUUAAACUAGGACAUGAAAGAGAGAGGGCUCAUGCUGAAAGAAAUAAGUAUUGGUAUAUAGUUGCUUCUAUAUUUGGCACUGCACUUGGUAUCGCUGGCUCUACAAUAAACAACAGACUAAAGAUGGCAGAGUUUAGAGAUAUGAUGGAGAAACAAAUGGCUAGAAGUGCAAGUGUACUCUAUACCAUUGCAGGGGGUGGAACAGCCAAUCGGGCUGAUAUCACUGAAGCUAUGAAGACCGAGUUUGCUUAUCAGGAGCAACUGGCACAAAAUUUAACUUUAAUGCAAGAUAAUAUCAACAAUCUAGUCAACAAGCAGGCAUCAUUAAUAGAUCAUCUCCAUCACCAGGAGCAUGUUUUCGAAAUUCAAAUGAGGGAAUUAAAAAAGUUAGUUCUAGCUUCCGCUCAAACAAGCGCGAAAUCUGACGCAGAACUAGCAAAAGCAUUAUCUGUGGUUCACCAAGAUUUAGACGACGAUAAAGAGCGCGAAAAAGUAGUUCCAGUGACUCUAGAAACAAAUCAAAUUUUAACUGCAGUUGGUAUUCUUAUGUGUGUAGUUGUCAUUUUCGGAAAUAUUUUUGGCCGUGUAAGUUGA